CACUCAUCUCCUUUUUCAAAGUUCUACUGUGAGUCUAGUCUGGGAGGACAGGAGGAGAAACUGUACAGGUAAUGCAGGACAUGUCUUCAAGAUACAUCCUCAAUGAAUACAAUUGGGGUUCUGCAUUUGACAAUUAUACGGAUUUCAUAGCAUCUGAUGCUAUGCCUUGUGAUGUUGGCUCCUGGAGAAUCAACAAGUAUUUUGUGAUGGUUAUUUACAGUCUUGUGUUCUUGCUGAGUUUGCUGGGAAAUUCACUGGUGAUACUUGUAAUCCUCUAUAAUCGGAUCAGUCGUUCAGUCACAGAUAUCUACCUGCUCAACUUGGCCAUAGCUGACCUGCUCUUUGCCUUAUCACUGCCCAUUUGGGCUGCCUCCAAGAUCAAAGGCUGGCUCUAUGGCACACCUCUUUGCAAAAUUGUCUCCCUCCUGAAGGAGGUCAACUUCUAUAGUGGCAUUCUGCUGUUGGCCUGCAUCAGUGUAGACCGCUACCUCGCCAUCGUCCAUGCGACUCGUUCUUUAACUCAGAAGCGCCACUGGGUGAAGUUCGUCUGCUUGGGCAUCUGGGGCCUGUCCUUGCUCCUGUCCAUGCCCAUUAUUCUCUCCCGUGAGGCAUUCAAGUCAGAGGAUUAUGGCUUUGUCUGCUAUGAGGACUUGGGCAAGAAUACAACAACAUGGCGACUGGUACUGAGGAUCCUGCCUCAGGUCUUUGGCUUUGUCCUGCCCCUACUGGUCAUGCUCUUCUGCUAUGGCUUCACCCUGCGCACCCUCUUUGAGGCACGCAUGGGGCAGAAGCAUCGGGCCAUGAAGGUCAUCUUUGCUGUAGUGCUCAUCUUCUUGCUCUGCUGGCUGCCUUACAAUCUGGUACUGGUCGCUGAUACCCUCAUGAGGACACAUAUAAUUGAGGAAACCUGUGAGCGCAGGGAGGAGAUUGACCAGGCCAUCAGUGUCACUGAGGUGCUGGGCUUCCUCCAUAGCUGCCUUAAUCCUAUUAUCUAUGCCUUCAUUGGACAGAAGUUUCGAUACAGCUUCCUCAAAAUCCUGGCUGCCCAUGGUGUGGUCAGCAAAGAGUUCUUGUCCCGGCACCAGAUUUCCUCCUCCUCCUUUGCCUCUUCUUCAGUUUCUGCUGCUGUCUGAGUAUCAUCAACUCAUAAUUUCUCAGCAAUCUAGAUAAUAGACCCUAACAAUAAAAAAUCAUUAUAUUGACUGGAAGAGGAGACUUACAGUAUGGGAAGAGAGCUUAUGACAUGCUUUUCCCAUACCCGGAAUAGACUCCCUUCUCAUUUCUGCUUCUCAGAGUUCUUGUCUUUCUUUAAGGCUUAGCUGAUGUGCCACUUCCUUUGUGAUCUUUGCUGAUGCCCCUAGUUUUCAUUAUAGUCUGUCCCUCCUUAAAUUACUUAGCAUUAUACUUAUCUUUGUACAUGUUGUAUCCCCUCAGUAGACUGUAAGCUCCUUGAGGGAAAGGCCCAUUUUGGUUUGAUCUUUGUAUGUAUGUUCAGAACACAGUAUAAAUCUCUGAACAGAA